AUGGAGGCUUCUCUUUCCCUGUUCCGGCCCGCGGCCACCUGUUGCCGCCGCGUCGCGCUCUCCUCCUCCUCCACCCAAAAGACCGCCGUCGCCGGCAUUUCCGUCCGCUACCAGUCGACCGCGAACCGGACAAAACGCAUGCUCAACAUUCCUCCGCACGAGUCCUUCCUCAACGUGCCCGUCGAAGGCGACCGCAUCAUCUUCAACCCUCCCUCGUCCGAGGCCUCGGUCUACCACACGCCCUUCAAGUUCCUCCCGCGCUCCGACCCGCGCCGCCGCGCAAACAUCUACAAGCUCUUCAAGCCCCCUCAAGCCCCCAUCACCACGCCAGAGUCCUCCACCGAUGCCGCCGCCGAGCAGCACGGAGACCUACCGCCCGUUCUCUACAACCCCACAAAGUCGUACAACGUCACGCCCGAGCAGGUCGAGGAGAUCCGCGAGCUGCGCGCCAAGGACCCCAAGAAGUACAGUGUCACCUACCUUAGCAACAAGUAUAACUGCACAAAGGUGUUUAUCAUGAUGUGCACUCAGGCGCCUCGCGAGCACCAGGAGCAGCACAAGCUUGCGCGCGCCAGGACCGCCGAGAACUGGGGCCCCCGGAGAGCGGCUGCCAAGCUGGAUGCCAGGAGGAGAAAGGAGAUGUUGCAUCGUGGCGAGAUAUAGAUGCGGAUGGACUGGGGUUGGGGAAAACGUUGAAGAAGACGAAGGGGGGGGAGGAAGAGGAAGAGGAAGA